AUGGGUCUCAUGUCCAAAGCACGCGGACUAGGCCUGGGCAUUAUGAUCUGGGCUUUGGCCGUGCCAAUCUUCCUCUUCACACUCUUUCCACUCAUCUCCUCGACCUCUACCGGUCUGUCUGGAAUCUAUCUGCUUACGCACAAGUGGAACAACGAUGACCACAGCUGGUUGAGGCUGGGAUACUAUGGUGAGUCGCCAUCAAAUUUAAUGCACACCGUAGAGCUAACGAUCACUCCAAAGNGCAUGUGUAUCGUCCACAACAAGCACGGUGACCGCUGCAUGACCACUACUGGCCGCUCAAGCAAGGAUCUUGUCAAGGGCUUCAACAUCGACACCGAUAACAAGGGAACCUUCGACUACGAUCUCAAGCUGCAACACGACGUCUUCGUCGCCUUCCUGACUGCUGGUGGUGUCAUCUGGUUCAUCUCGCUCAUCUUCAUCUCUCUCGUCAUCCUCAGAGGCUCAUCUGCCGGACGCCUCAUUCGCAGUGCAGCAAAGGUCACCAGUCUUGCAGGCGCCACCUUGUUGAUCGCUAGCGCAUGGGCAACCAAUUCGGCAGUCAAGGCCUUGGAAGUCUCGACCAAUGGUUCAGUCCAGGGCGGCACUCUGCUCUACGGACUGCAAUGGGUGGCUGCUAUCCUGGCCUUCAUCUUUGCUUAUGCAGUCAGCUCUGUGGCCGAUUCAGAAGGCGGUGGAAAGGCUUACCACCUUGGACGUGUUUGA